AUGGCUCAUGUUAAUGCUUUUGAUACUAUCGGCCAAAUUAGCUAUAACAUUAGAAAAGCUACAAACACUCAAACGAAACAACGUUAUAAUUCAUGCAUUAUGGAUUAUGACGAUGUGUUGCUUUCCCUUACACAGGCUAAACAGUCUUACAAUUCUGGAAAUUAUGCCGCAUUGAAAUCCAAUGGCAUAACUGUGAUAGAAGAUGUUAAAGAUUGUGACACAAAGGCUUAUGAUUUACCCCAACUCCGAAUGAAUAACCAGUAUUUGGUAGAUGUCAGCAUGAUCAUUAUGAUUCUAGCUGAUUUUCUAGCCGGGAAAUUUUAA